AUGGGACAUAGAGCAUCGGGCAUUGGAGCAUCGGGCAUGGGGCAUGGAGCAUUGGGCAUGGGGCAUGGAGCAUCGGGCAUGGGGCAUGGGGCAUGGAGCAUCGGGCAUGGGGCAUGGAGCAUCGGGCAUGGGGCAUGGGGCAUGGAGCAUCGGGCAUGGGGCAUGCCAGCUAAGCAGAUAACCAUGUCAGUCAAGCAACUCACCAUGCCAACGAGGUGCCCCAGCCGUGCCACAUCUGGGACGAGAGGAGAGGAGACGAGAGGUGAGGAGACGAGAGGUGAGGAGACGAGAGGUGAGAGAGACGGAGAGGAGAGGAGACGAGAGGUGAGGAGACGAGAGGUGAGGAGACGAGAGGCGAGGAGACGAGAGGUGAGGAGACGAGAGGUGAGGAGACGAGAGGUGAGGAGACGAGAGGUGAGGAGACGAGAGGUGAGGAGACGAGAGGAGAGGAGACGAGAGGUGAGGAGACGAGAGGUGAGGAGACGAGAGGAGAGGAGACGAGAGGUGAGGAGACGAGAGGUGAGGAGACGAGAGGCGAGGAGACGAGAGGUGAGGAGACGAGAGGUGAGGAGACGAGAGGUGAGGAGACGAGAGGUGAGGAGACGAGAGGUGAGGAGACCGAGAGGAGAGGAGACGAGAGGUGAGGAGACGAGAGGUGAGGAGACGAGAGGAGAGGAGACGAGAGAACGAGAGGAGAGGAGACGAGAGGUGAGGAGACGAGAGGUGAGGAGACGAGAGGCGAGGAGGCGAGAGGUGAGGAGACGAGAGGUGAGGAGACGAGAGGUUGAGGAGACGAGAGGUGAGGAGACGAGAGGUGAGGAGACGAGAGGAGAGGAGAGGAGCCGAGAGGAGAGGAGAGGAGAGGAGAGGAGACGAGAGGUGAGGAGACGAGAGGUGAGGAGACGAGAGGAGAGGAGAGGAGACGAGAGGAGAGGAGAGGAGAGGAGAGGAGAGGAGACGAGAGGUGAGGAGACGAGAGGUGAGGAGACGAGAGGUGAGGAGAGGAGACGAGAGGAGAGGAGAGGAGAGGAGAGGGGAGGAGAGGAGACGAGAGGUGAGGAGACGAGAGGUGAGGAGACGAGAGGUGGGGAGACGAGAUGCGAGGAGACUAGAGGUGAGGAGACAAGAGGGAGAGAACGGACGAGAGGGAGAGAAGAGAAGGGACGAGAGGGAGAGUAUAGACGAUGGGGAAUGUUGAGCACAUGGUUGGCCUCGUGGACGGUGACCCCAUGCAUUGUCAUGCAUUAUCCCCAUGGGCGCUGA